UUUUUGUUUUCAGCACAAUAAGCGAUCAACAAAACAAUCCAAAACAUUUCUAAGCCCAGCCCAAUAAAGCUAAAUUUUUAAAAAAUAGUUAUUUCCUUUCUUCUGCUAAAACCCUAACCCCUGCAACAUUGAAACAAAACGCUGUCUCUGUAAUAAUAAUAAGCUAGCAAAAAAAGAAAGGGGUUGUAUUGUAUUUGCACUGAAUUAUCGAACAGGAAGUAAACAAUAAGCCAUGUCUUCAAUGUCGGCAAAGAAAGAAAAUCCAAGCUCAGCAAUGGGUGACUACAGUGCGUUACAAGAGCUAACAAGACAUCACAUAGACUCAUUUGAUUACAUGAUUGAAAGAGGACUUGAAAUCAUGUUGGAUAAUAUCAAGCCUGUCAAAAUCUCUGAUCCCUUCACUAACACCAGUCUCAAACUGUACCUGAGUAACCCUAGAGUGUAUGAGCCUUUGAAGGAAAGUUCGAGAACCAAGCAUAAGCGUUUACUUCCUUUUGAAUGUCGACAGGCAAAGAUAUCGUAUACAGGAAAGUUUGAGGCAGAUGUUUGUUUUGAAUAUCAUGGAAAAGCUGUUAUAAGAGAGAAGUAUAAUUUUGGACAGCUACCUAUAAUGUUAAAGUCGAGGCUUUGUCACUUGUACGGCGUUGAUUCCCAACAAUUGGUUUCCUUCAAUGAAGAGUCAGCGGAGAUGGGUGGCUACUUCAUUUUGAAUGGCCUGGAGAGAGUUGUCCGGCUGCUAAUAAUGCCAAAGCGGAACUAUCCAAUGAGUACGGUUCGGGGUUCAUUUCGUGAUCGUCGAGAAGGUUACACUGAUAAAGCAGUUGUUAUAAGGUGUGUUAGAGAAUACCAAUCUUCAUUAACAGAUCAAUCUUCAGUAUCAGUUAAAUUGUAUUACCUCCGUAGUGGAAGUGCAAGACUUGGAUUUUGGAUACAGGGAAGGGAAUAUUUACUUCCAGCUGGCAUUGUUCUGAAGGCACUUGCUGAGACUACGGACCGGGAAAUUUAUGAGAAGUUGACAUGUUGCUAUGAUGAGAAAUAUGAGAAGGCAAAGGGAGCUGUUGGCUCUCAGCUUGUAGGUGAAAGGGCAAAAAUUAUCCUUGAUGAAGUUCGGGACCUGUCUUUGUUCACUCAGAGUGAAUGUUUGCGGCAUAUAGGGGAACACUUCCAGCCUGUUAUGGAUGGGCUGGAGAAAGAAACUUUCUCUAAUGUUGCCCAUGCCGUUUUAAAAGACUACAUUUUUGUUCACCUUAAUAAUUAUGAUGACAAGUUCAAUCUACUCAUCUUCAUGUUGCAGAAACUAUUUUCCCUUGUAGACCAGACUUCUGUGGUAGAUAACCCAGAUUCCUUGCAGAAUCAGGAAGUCUUACUCCCUGGGCAUCUUGUUACCAUUUAUCUCAAGGAGAAACUAGAAGAGUGGUUACGUAAAGCCAAAAAAGUUCUUCAAGAAGAGAUAGCAAAGAACAAUAAUUUCAAUUUUUUGUCUGUGUUAGAUGUCAAGAAGGUCAUAGAUAAAAACCCUUCAACAACAAUUAGUUUAGCUGUGGAGAAUAUGCUGAAAACUGGAAGACUGGUGACCCAAACAGGCCUAGAUUUACAGCAGAGGGCUGGUUACACAGUUCAAGCAGAGAGGCUCAAUUUUCUACGUUUCCUUUCCUUCUUUCGGGCUGUGCAUCGGGGGGCUUCCUUUGCUGGACUCCGCACAACUAGUGUGCGGAAGCUGCUACCUGAAUCGUGGGGUUUUCUUUGCCCUGUCCAUACUCCUGAUGGGGAGCCAUGCGGGUUGCUGAACCAUAUGACUCGCUCUUGUAGAAUCACUUCAUACUUUGAUUCACAAGGAGCUGUUAAAGAUUUUUUUGAUAUAAGGAAGUCAAUCCUUGGUGUUUUAACUAGUCUUGGAAUGACUUCUUCAUUGCCGAAGCUUGUGCAGGCUGGGCCUCCUCAAGUUCUUUCUGUCCUUUUAGAUGGUCGUGUUGUUGGCUCCAUACCUUCCAGUCAAGUUGAGAAAGUUGUCGUUCAUUUAAGAAGAUUAAAAGUGGCAGCUUCUUCAGUGAUUCCAGAUGAUCUGGAGGUUGGAUAUGUUCCAUUGAGCAUGGGUGGUGCGUUUCCUGGUCUAUAUUUAUUCACAUCUCCUUCCCGAUUUAUUCGCCCUGUUAAAAAUAUAUCUAUCCCUGCCGGGGAAGGUGAAAACAUUGAACUUAUUGGACCAUUUGAACAGGUUUUUAUGGAAAUAAGGUGUCCGGAUGGUGGAAACGGCGGAAGAAGUGAUGCUUUUCCUGCAACUCACGAAGAAAUUCAUCCAACUGACAUGCUUAGCGUGGUGGCCAACCUUACACCGUGGUCAGAUCACAAUCAAAGCCCACGAAAUAUGUACCAGUGUCAGAUGGCAAAACAAACAAUGGCCUUCUCUUUGCAAUCUCUUCGCUUCCGUGCAGAUCAGAAGCUGUACCAUCUUCAGACUCCUCAAACCCCCAUUGUGCGUACGAGUUCAUAUACAAAGUACUGUGUAGAUGAGUAUCCAACAGGGACAAAUGCAAUAGUGGCAGUGCUUGCAUAUACAGGAUAUGAUAUGGAGGACGCAAUGAUUCUAAAUAAGUCAUCUGUUGAACGUGGAAUGUGCCAUGGACAAAUUUACCAGACAGAGACUAUCGACUUAUCUGAAGAGGGUAGCAGGUCUGAUCGAGCCCAAAGAAUGUUUAGAAGAAGUAACAUUGACAAGUCACUGCACUCUGUGAUUGAUUCCGAUGGACUUCCAUAUGUUGGCCAGAUGAUACAUCCAAAUGAACCAUACUGUAGCAUUUAUAAUGAGAUAACAAAUACAACAAGAACCAACAACCGAAAAGGUUCGGACCCUGUUAUUGUUGACUAUGUUGCUAUUGAUACAAAAAACAAGAAGCAUCUGCAGAAGGUGAAUAUACGUUUUCGACACCCCAGAAAUCCUAUCAUUGGUGAUAAAUUUAGCAGUAGACAUGGACAAAAGGGUGUUUGCUCACAGUUAUGGCCAGAUAUAGAUAUGCCAUUUUCUGGAGUUACCGGAAUGCGUCCUGAUCUGAUUAUCAAUCCUCAUGCAUUUCCUUCAAGAAUGACAAUUGCAAUGCUUUUGGAAUCUCUUGCUGCUAAGGGAGGUAGCUUAAAUGGAAAAUUCGUGGAUGCUACACCAUUUACUAGUUCAGUUAAAAAUGUCAAUGGGGGAGAAGCCAAAUCGGAAUCUGAAUCACUUGUUGAUGAUCUUGGUAACAUGCUAAGGUCUCAUGGGUUUAAUUAUCAUGGUGUAGAGGUUCUAUACAGUGGUGUGUAUGGAACAGAACUCACAUGUGAAAUAUUUAUUGGGCCUGUUUAUUAUCAGCGACUCCGGCACAUGGUUUCAGACAAAUUUCAGGUGCGAUCCACAGGAACAGUUGAUCAGAUCACCAGACAACCUAUCAAAGGAAGAAAGCGUGGUGGAGGUAUCCGUUUUGGAGAAAUGGAACGAGAUGCCAUGCUUGCUCAUGGGGCAGCAUAUUUAUUGCAUGAUAGGCUUCAUACAUGUUCUGAUUAUCACAUUGCUGAUGUGUGUUCUCUAUGUGGAAGCAUACUCACAACAUCAUUUAUUCAAACACAAAAGCGAGUUGUACGGGACAUUGGUGGGUUACCACCUGUUGGUGCUCCCAAAAAGGUUGCAUGCCAUUCAUGCCAAACGAGUAAGGGGAUGGAAACAGUUGCCAUGCCUUAUGUCUUUAGAUACUUGGCUGCUGAAUUAGCAGCCAUGAACAUAAAAAUGAAUGUCCAGCUAAGUGGCGGGGCUUGCGUUUGAGCAUGAUUGCUGUCCUGAGAGACGAGUACAACCACAGAUAUAAUUUUGCCGCCCUGCAUCUUGGGGUUUCAAGUUUUGGUUUCAUAGAGGUAUCGGCUUGGUAUGCAAGGGAUGUUUGCUUGAGGAACUUGAAUAUCUAACUGAAUUCUGAAUAGGAGAUGGUUUGAUUGGGGUUUCUUGUAUGUAAAAGCAUCUAUUGUAUACAUUUUGUAACUUGACAUGGCAAUGAGAGUUGUAUCUGUAGAAAUGACACUGUAAUUCUUAAAUUUUUAUUUUACAAUACAUUUAAAACCGCA